AUGUCCAUUCAGGGCCCCAGCAGCAAGCGAACAGCAAAGCACCCCUACCUCACGGGAAACUUUGCGCCCGUCACCAAGACAUGGCCUCCAACACCCGUCACGUGGACCGGUGACAUUCCAGAGGAGCUGCAUGGCGGCAUGUACGUUCGGAAUGGAGGCAAUCCAGUGACCAACUCGCAUCUGGGCCGCGAGGCCCACUGGUUCGAUGGCGACGGCAUGCUUUCCGGGGUGUGGUUCCACCGCUCGCACACCGACCCGCGGCAGUCGGUCGUGAACUUCGUCAACCAGUUUGUCCUCACCGACGUCUACCUCUCGGCUGCCGACAAUGGUGAAUUGCAAACGCCCAUUUUACCUAGUAUCUCCACGCUCGUCAACCCCGCGUCGAGCUUGUUCUUCAUACUCUGGAGAAUACUACGCACGCUGCUCAUUGUUAUAUUGUCCCAUCUUCCCGGGUCCCGACACGCCAUCAAGAGAAUAAGCGUUGCGAACACGAAUAUAAUCUUUCACGAUUCACGAGCACUGGCAACUUGCGAGAGUGGACCCCCAAUUCGCGUUACGCUACCUAGCCUAGAGACUGUUGGCUGGUACGACGGAAACAGGGCCGAAGGCGAGGCGCCCCUCCAAGAAACACGAGACAGUGACGAAGAGCAGCGUCCCGGGUUUGGUGGAGCAGGACCGUUGAGUUGGAUGAAAGAAUGGACUACGGGACACCCCAAGGUGGAUAAGGUGACCGGUGAACUAGUUCUCUUCCAUUGCAACUUUGCCCCCCCCUACGUUCACUACUCUCUGGUCCCGACAGAGAUUUCACAUGCCAACGAGGCGCAAUCGCAGCUACCAAGAAUCCUCAAUGCCCCAGUCCCUGGAUGCUCCGGUGGCAAACUCAUGCACGAUUUUGGCGUCUCUAGACUUCAUACUGUCAUCCUUGACCUACCACUCACCCUUACGCCUCUCAAUCUGGCGAAAAACAAGCCCGUUGUGUCCUAUGACCCAAAUAGACCCGCUCGAUUCGGCGUCUUUCCCCGUCGACAUCCCGAACUGGUACGUUGGUAUGAAACAAGCGGUUGUUGUAUCUUUCACACAGCCAAUGCUUGGGACGAGACGGAUCUCUACGGCAAUGUGACAGCUGUCAAUAUGUUGGCUUGCCGCCUAACUUCUGCGUCCCUUGUAUUUAGUGCUGCUAAUAUUGUGCCUCCACCGCACCCAGCCCGUAAGGAUCUGACGCGCAGCAAGCCCAUGUCCUUCUUUGCAAGAUAUCAUCAACAAGAGCAAAACCAAGACGUUGAGAAGCUGUCCAUGGAUGAAACUUCACCCUUGUUAGUGGCGUCUGUAUCCGGCAACAAAAACACAGGACCGUCCAAGACGCCCUCGAGCGUACCCAUGUCAUACGACGAGCAAGAGCAAUGUCGUUUAUACUACUACCGCUUCUCCCUAUGUCUUUCAACUUCAAAUACCAUAACACACCAGUUCGCCUUAUCAUCCAUUCCAUUUGAAUUUCCCACGGUUUCGCCCAUUACCGACAUGGAUCACGCCCGCUACAUUUACGGCUGUAGCACCUCAGUCGAAUCCUUUGGUGCUGCUUUAGGCAAAGCCACAAAAAUCGAUGUACUCGUCCGAAUGGACGUCAAGGCUCUUCUCGCUCGUGCUCAGAGGUACAGGCCGGAAGCAGUCACCGGCUGCGUUGACAAUCGCACCAUUGAUGAAAUCCUUGCUUCAGAGGACCCUAACGAUCCCAUCAAGGCAUUCAAACUUCCGCCUAAUCAUUAUGGUCAAGAAGCUAGGUUCAUUCCCCGUGGGAAUCAGACCGGCUUAACCGUCAAUGACCCGGCUUUUCUCGAAGAAAGCGGUCAUCUGCUCUUCUACGUUUUCAACGAGGAUCAAUUAGACGUGGCAGGGGAAUGUACAGCCAACUCAAAGAGCGAGCUGUGGGUUCUAGACGCAAGCACCAUGCGAAACGUGACCUGCAAAAUUCACUUGCCUACUAGAAUUUCGUAUGGACUACACGGGAAUUGGUUCACUGAAGAUCAGAUAACAGGUCAACGAGGGGUAGAAACGCUGAGAUCAUUGUCAGACAACAAAGUUGAUAACAAGUGGACACGGAUGCAAAGGAAUCUAACCAGUCGCUUGGGCUGA